AUGCAACGCUCCACCAGCGCCAUACACCGUCUUCCACCUCAAAAAGUCACAGACCCUGAUCUUGUCGCUAUACGUGCGAAGCUGUUUGAGGCUUUCGCCGUCAAGGCGUCCGCGCUCGUGACGCCCCCGGCCACCAACUUGUCUCCUCCGUACUCUCACGCCGGUCCGCAUCCGGGUCCGAAUUCGGGUCCGGGUCCGUCCGGCACCACCCAGCCUCAACCUCAACGCUCUCGCUCACGAUCUCGACAUCGCCGAUCCCGCCGUCACCCCAAACCGCGAGUAGUUGUUGGUCCCGAUACCAUUCAUCGACUGCCAUCUGAGCUGGCUCGAUUGCAUCUGUCGUCGCCUCUCAUUGUUUCAAGCCCUUCACGAUUAACCCUCGCCCGCAAGAUCCAAGCCAUCAUCCCGAACCUCGACAGUCGUGUUCUCAGCUCCGCCGUUGUUUCCGUACCAUCUCGCAUCUCCAACAGAGACUGUGUUGUUAGUGUUGGUGGUGGCUCUGCAGUCACCUUGGCCCGAGCCGUCAGCUUACGAAAAGGGAUCCCUCAUAUUUGCAUCCCUACGACUUACAGCGGAAGCGAGCUUCACCCUGGUGGAGGACCCAGCGAUUCUGCAACUGAAGAGGAAGGCAAAUAUUCAAGCGAAUCCAAGACACUCCCCGCCGUUAUCAUUUACGACGACAACCUCACCAUGAGCUCACCAACUCGAUUUUCCGCACCCAGCGACGAGAAAGUCAUGGAAGACUUUGCUCGAGCCGACCAGCCGCCCAAGUCGGAGGAUGCCUGCUGGAGCUACCUUCAUAUCCCAGGCGUCUAA